GCGCCCGGCAGAGGGAGGCGGAGCGGGCGCGCCGCGCGCCUCGCCAGCCUCCUCCGCGCGGCCCGGUGCCGGGAUGCUCCCGGACUACCGGGGCCGCGGUCAGGAAGGGCCCGCCGCUGCACCUGCCGCCGCCGGGUUCGUGAGUGGCGCCCGGCCUUAUAUGGACUGAUCGCUCCGGCAAUGGCCCAGUUCUUCCUCGCCACCAGCCGCCACCGCGCGCCCAGCGGCCGCCGCAGCCAGAGCUAACGCCGCCCGGGCACCCCCUCCUGGAAUUACAAACCGAGGAGCUCCCGCGUCCGCUCCGCGCUCGCCCGCAGACCACACGCGGGCUCUGGGUCGGCCUUUAUUUUAUUUCCCUCCUCCCCUUCCCCGCUGUUUCUCUCUCUCUCUCUCUCUCUCUCUUUUUAAAUAAUAAUUAUCCCAAUAAUUAAAGCCCACCCCUCCCUCCCCCACCCCUUCUCCCUGGCCGCCCCUCCCCCCUCCCCGCGCGCCCGGGGCCGCGGAGCGCCACGGAGUGACCGCGUGAAGCCACAACUUUGCGGGGUCCCGAACCAUGUCGCUGACCAACACAAAGACGGGGUUUUCGGUCAAGGACAUCCUGGACUUGCCGGACACGAACGAUGAGGAGGGCUCGGUGGCCGAAGGGCCGGAGGAGGAGAGCGAGGGGCCAGAGCCCGCCAAGAGGGCUGGGCCGCUGGGGCAGGGCGCCCUGGACGCGGUGCAGAGCCUGCCGCUCAAGAGCCCCUUCUACGACAGCGGCGACAACCCCUACACGCGCUGGCUGGCCAGCACCGAGGGCCUGCAGUAUUCGCUGCACGGGCUGGCGACCGGCGCGCCCCCGCAAGACUCCAGAUCCAAGUCCCCGGAGCCCUCGGCUGAUGAGUCGCCGGACAAUGACAAGGAGACCCCGGGCGGCGGGGGGGAUGCAGGCAAGAAGCGGAAACGGCGCGUGCUCUUCUCCAAGGCGCAGACCUACGAGCUGGAGCGGCGCUUCCGGCAGCAGCGGUACCUGUCGGCGCCUGAGCGCGAGCACCUGGCCAGCCUGAUCCGCCUGACGCCCACGCAGGUCAAGAUCUGGUUCCAGAACCACCGCUACAAGAUGAAGCGCGCGCGGGCCGAGAAAGGUAUGGAGGUGACGCCCCUGCCCUCGCCGCGCCGGGUGGCCGUGCCCGUCUUGGUCAGGGACGGCAAACCGUGCCACGCGCUCAAAGCCCAGGACCUGGCAGCCGCCACCUUCCAGGCUGGCAUCCCCUUCUCGGCCUACAGCGCCCAGUCGCUACAGCACAUGCAGUACAACGCGCAGUACAGCUCGGCCAGCACCCCUCAGUACCCGACAGCACACCCCCUGGUGCAGGCCCAGCAGUGGACUUGGUGAGCGCCGCCCCGCCGAGACUCGCGGCCCCAGGCGCGGGCCCCACCCAGGCGGCGGCGUGGAGGACUCGGUCCUGACCGUGGCUAUCAUUAUUAUUAUUAUUAUAAUUAUUAUUGCCGAGUCGAGUUGACUCUCGGCUCCGCUGGGGAGGCCUCCUUAGGGUGGCAGAGCCCACCCAGCGCCCCCGGGAUCCCCAGUCUCCGUCCAGUCGCGCCCCCGGAGGGGGUAGAACCCUCAGCGGUGUUUACAAAAUGCGCGUCCUCACUUGAAAAACCAGAAAAAGACCGACCCCUCUCCCUCUCCCCUUCCAUCCCUCUCGCUUUCGUGAAUUUUGUAAAAAUAUGUUUGUGUGGGUAGCGAUGUUGUCACCUGUCUUCUUCUAAAGCAAGUGGAGAACACUUUAAAAAAAUAGAGGAUUUUUUCUCUUCCUUUUUUUUAAAAAAAUAAGAAAAUGCUCAAUAUUUAUGGCCAUGGAAACGUUCUGACAACUGGUUGCAGAUUUCGGUUUUUUCGUUGUAAAUAGCGCUGGCGUUUUGGCUAAAAAUGAUCUUCGCCGCGAGCCUGCUCUGCCUCGGGCCCAACUCCUUUCUUUGUGGUUUGUUUUUGGUUUUGGUUAUUGGUUAUGUUUGGGUAACCCCCCUCCCUACGCCCCUCGGGUGUUUUUUUUUUUUUUUUUUUUGUCUUUUUCUUUCUUAUUUUGUUCGGUGCAAACAUUUCUCAAACAGGAAAAAAAAAAUGUAAGCGAGAAGCCACCCCGACCCCCCUUGGCAGGCCCCAGAACGUGGAGCUGAGCGCUUCCGCGCGGGUCCCCCCAGAGCGCCGGGCGCUAGCAGCUUUCCAUUUUUUAAAUAAGAAUUUUAAUAAAAAUCCUGUGUUUAAAAAAGAAAGGAAGAAAAAGAAAGAAAACAAACCCAGUGCUCCCCUGUUUGUCUCACUUCGUAGCCCUGGAGCCAGCCCGCAGGCCCGGAACAAGUCACUGGCCAGGCCCCGCUUGCUGGCGCCCGGGCUCUGGGCGCAGAGGCCUUGGCGGUGCCGGGGGUCGCUGGAGGGGCUCCCUGGACAGGCCUCGCUCGGCCUCACGGGCCGAACCCUGAGCCUGGAGCACGGGUCCGGGCGGGAGCGCCGGGCUUCUGGCCCUGUCCGCGCCGGCGGCUGGCCUGGGUCCCUGGGUGGCCUUUUGCCUUGCGGGCGUCUGCCUGCGCCUCGCGCGCUGAGCUCCCGGCGGUUGGCUGCGUCCGGCCGGGAAAGGCAAAGGCCAGGAGAGCAAGCCCCCCUCGCUCGCCCCAACCUACGAGUGGCUCCUUCAGCCUGAAAAGCUGUUGAGGCCACUACACUCGAUGACUUUCACUUUGUUGCGGCUGCCGGACCUCGCGCUAAAGAAGAGGGGGAGGGGGAGAAGGGGUGACCGACCAUCUGAGCUCGGGACCGGGCUGCUUCCUUUCUGUUCGCCACCCUCUCUCCAAAAUCUGCCCAAGGCCCUGGGGACCGCUACAAGGCCUGGGCGCGGGGUGGCGGGGUGCGGGGCACGCGAGACUUUGGCCGUCAGCGGAGCCAGGGUGCGGAGUCUUCCUCUGAGCUCCUUGGACCCAGGAAGCGGGAGUCGGCAGCAGGCAGCAGUCGCAGCCACCGGACUCUGGCCUCCUCCUCGGGCCUCCAUCCUCCUCCGGUUUCCAGUCCACUCUCCUGGAACAGGGUCCCGUGCCGCAGGGCCACGCGCAGUCCCCCCCCCCCAGGCGAGUUCUUGGGCGUGCGGCUGCGUGGAUUUGUUAGAGUAGAGGUCGGAGGUGGAGUGGGAGCGCCCCGGCUUUUCGGGCAGGGGUAGGGGGAGCGGAAAGUGGACAGGCAGACGCCCCCCCACACACACACAACUCCCACCCCGGGUGCGUCCAUAGUCCCUCAUCCCAAAUCUUGUCUGGGGAACAGAUCUCGUUAUCGGAUGCUGGCGCACGCUUGACCACGCGGGGGAGCGUCUCUGGGGCUCAGGCGAACUGGGAGGGGGGGACGCCUUUUUCCUCUGUCAUCUCGCGGAUUGCCGAAAAUACCUGCGCCUCUGCGGCUUAGAGCCCAGCGUGCGCUCUGAGGCGUCUGGGGGACUGCGGGCCCACGCGUUUGGAAGCCGUGUCUCUCCCAGGCUUCUUUCUGCAGCUCCAACAUCAAGGCUGAGGGCUGGGGGCGGGAGGAGGGGGGUAGACAAGGAGGCCGGGCAAAGGGAGCGUCCCAGCUGACUUUGCUGCUCCCUCUAGUUGACGAUCAGAUUUAAUUCAGUAUCUAAAGCAAACAUGAUUAUCCGUGGGACCAAAUCUGCGCGUAGAUAGCACUCAGCACAACAGGCCCAGAGACCUGCUGACACUUUAUUCCCGUGUUGCACACCACCCCCCUGGAAAAUGGAGCAGCGGCCACUCUUCCUAAUACCCCCUCCCCCGCCAAGGGCCUUGGCUAUGUCCAGGUUCUGGGAGGGUGGGGCGGGGUGGGGGCAGUUCCCCUUAAACGCUGAGGAAUCUCCCUUUGUUCUGCACACUAGCCAGGGGGCGUGUGUGUCUUGUUUGUAAAGGCCAGAGAAUUGCUCCCAGAUCGUGUGUGGCGCUGUAAUUAAAAAGCCCACUGUGCCUGGGCACCAACCACCCAACAUGUCUCUUGCGACUUCCCUUCUCCCCCCUGAUCCUUUGGGGAAGGAGCCUCUGGGAUAGGGGGUGUAAAGAGGCCUGGGCGGCUGCCCGCUAGACUUCGGGUGAUUUGGACUGUUCCAGGCCCCAAGGCGUCCAGGGGCUGAGGAUGAGUGUCGGAGGAAGGCGGAGGCUGGUGAGGCCCAAACUCUUGUAGGUUCCCACCCUGUGCAUGUUGAGGGUGCUUUUGGGGGUGCUGGCCAGGCCCGCAGGUCUCCAGACCCGGCGUGUGCUGGCACGGCCGGGAGCCGGGGAGGUGGGCCUGGCGCCCGCCUCUCUCUCUCUGUCCUCGGGUCCCCGUGGAGUCAAUAAAAGCGCCCGCGGAGCCCUGUGUGGCCCUAACCCCAGCGCCCUGGGAGCGCGCCCGGCGCGGGGUCCCGUUGGGCAGUCUAUCUUCGCCCAAUCUACAGCGGGCCGCACAAAACGGCACAAUGCGCGCGCUGGGAGCCGGAGAUGUUAGAGGCGUGCAUAUUAAAAAGGGACAGAGAAAGGAUGGCAGGGGACCGAGCGAGGGGAAGAGGGAGAAGGAGCCCGCCCCACCCCGCACCAUUCAGCGCGCUUAUCGGGGGCAGUGAAUCCCGGAGUCAGGCAGAAGUCUUCUUGGGGUUUUGUUGGGCCUGUCACUGGGUCCCUUUGUCAUCCGCGGACUCCAUGCUGGAUUCCAUAUGGCCAGCUGGGCCGAGGGAGCGCGAGGAGGGACCCGCACAAAACCCAAAUUGUGUCCGGCUUUCAAACCCGGUAUUGUUGUCUGUGAAAGGAAGACGCAUUAAAAAUUCGUGCUAUAUCUAUUGGGGAGGAGGAGGGAGGAGGGGAAAAAAAGCCAUCCCUGUGUUUGACGGCUGCAGAGGGCGCUGGCCCCGCCUAGGCCCCGUGACACUCUGGGAGCUGGAGCUCUCUUCCCCCACCACCACCCCACCCCGCCCUCAAACUCGGCCGCAGUGCGCGCAGGCUGGGUUCUGAGUGCGGUGCGACCUCGGGUGUGGGCCCCGGGCGCGCACUGUGCGCGGUUCCCUGGUGUCAGCGCCCGUCGCCAGGCCCCUGCGGCCCGGGAGCACCUCGGCGCAGCCAAUCGGCCGUCCCAGAGCUCCGGUGCAACCCGGGGAUGCCAGCGCCCGCGAGCUUCGCGGCUCCUGGGUGGAUGAAAAUCCAGGCCCGCGGCUCGCGCAGCGCAGCCCCAGCGCAGCGGUCUCCGAGAGGCCCGGGGCGCCCCUCCCUCACCCCCACCUCCCCUGCUCAGUCUCGGGCCCAGUUGGCUUCUCGCCCCGGGCCAGUUUCUAAGGCCACUCUGGCCUGGCGGGGUCACUCGGUGACCGCCCCGCCACAGCCGAAUUUGAAUUUCGCGCGGGGCUCCUAGUGGUGUCUUAGACGCAAAAUCAAUGCCGAAACUUCCGCCAGCAGCCGCCGCUCCCCGUGCUGGAGGAGGGCUUCCUCUUUUCAUUUUCCACAUCUCCUGCUUGCAAAAUUCAGGCUUGGGGGCGCGGAGAGGCGUGCCAGGAAUUUGCUCGAUGGUUUGUUUUGUUUUGUUUUGUUUACCUCUCCUGAGCAGGACAGGGUUUGGGGCACGCCUUCUCCCCGCCGCGGCCAGGACGGAAUUCCCAUGGCGCACUGCCCCCCCCCCCCAUCAUAGAUGGG